AUGGCGCAGGAAACGAACCACAGCCAAGUGCCCAUGCUGUGCUCCACCGGCUGCGGCUUCUACGGGAACCCCCGCACCAACGGCAUGUGCUCCGUGUGCUACAAAGAGCAUCUCCAGCGGCAGAACAGUAGCAACGACCGGAUCAGCCCACCCGCCACGUCCGUCAGCAGCCUGUCUGACUCUUUACCAGUUCAGUGCACAGACGGCAGUGUCCCGGAAGCGCCGUCCACACUAGACUCCACGUCUUCGUCUCUGCAGCCGAGUCCUGUAUCAAAUCAGCCACUUUUAUCAGAAUCUGUAGCAUCUUCCCAAGGGGAUAGUACAUCAGCGGACAAAGCAGCGCCCGAGACAGAAGACCUGCAAGCUUCAGUAUCAGAUCCGGCCCAGCAGCCGACCGAAGAGCAGGACAAAUCUCUCGAAAAGCCAAAACAGAAAAAGAACCGCUGCUUCAUGUGCCGGAAGAAAGUGGGACUUACUGGGUUUGAAUGCCGGUGUGGGAAUGUUUACUGCGGUGUACACCGUUACUCCGAUGUACACAAUUGCUCUUACAAUUACAAGGCCGACGCGGCUGAGAAAAUCCGAAAAGAGAACCCCGUUGUGGUCGGCGAAAAGAUCCAGAAGAUUUGA